GAGAAACGGAGGGACACGGAGGACUUUUCAGCAGUCCUCCUUCAGGUGCUGAUCGUCAAGAGAGGAGCUGUGGACAUGUCCAGACCAGUUCAUCAUCACUGACACCGGGAUUGAACUCUUCUCCAGGUUUAAGUUUGCAAAAAUGAACGGAACCGCAGACAACUGCAACCAUUGUCGGAACAUCAUCAGAGAGAAGGAGAAAGGAAUGAAGAUGUCAAGACACAUAUCAACGGGACCAAGCUCAUUUUUCCCCGAAAAUGAGAUCAUAGGAGCCAUGCCACUUAGUGAUUCCACAGUGCUGUUGUUAGAUGAAGAGUUCAGUGGGCGUGUGGAUAACCUGACAAAGGUGAUGGGGCUCCACCCACAUUACCUGCAAGCCUUCUUGCGCUGCCACUAUUACCUCCUGAGGAUGGAUGGCCCUCUACCACUCCACUACAGACAUUACAUCGCUAUAAUGGCUGCAGGGCGACAUCAGUGUUCCACAUUGGUGUGUCAACACAUACAAGAGUUUGAGCAGAUAGGCAUGUGUUCUGAUUGGCUAAGAGGUUUGGAGUUUUGCCCGCAACGACUUCGCAACCUCAAUGAGAUCAACAAGAUCCUCGCACACAGACCCUGGCUCAUCACCAAGCAACACAUACAGGCUCUGGUGAAGACAGGAGAACACAGCUGGUCUUUGGCAGAGCUGGUUCAUGCUGUUGUCCUGUUGGCUCAUUUUCAUGCCUUGUCUAGUUUUGUAUUUGGUAGCGGUGUCAACCCUGUCCCAGAGGUUACAGAGGUCAACGGGGUUACGGAUGACCUUUGCCACCCAGCCAUGGCGAGUUUGUGCACCUGUCACCUAACAAACAGCAACCAAGCCAACAGGAACUCUCUGCGUAACCCGAACACAGGGAGUGAACUGGAAGCUUUGAUGGAGAGAAUGAAGCGAUUGCAGGAAGAGAGAGAAGACGACGAUGCAUCAGAAGAGGAGAUGUUCACUCGCUUUGAAAAAGAAAAGAAAGAGAGUCUUUUGGUCGUGUCUGCAGGAUUCGAUGAGGAAGUAGUCCCUCCCUCUCCCGUGGCUCGGUUUGUAGAUGACCCAUCGUUUGGAUACCAGGACUUUGCACGACAUGGAGAAGACAACCCACCCACUUUUAAAGCACAAGACUACUCAUGGGAAGAUCAUGGUUUCUCCCUGGUGAACAGGUUGUACUCUGACAUUGGUCACCUAUUGGACGAUAAGUUCAGAACGGCAUGUGAUCUGACCUAUUACAACAUGGCCAGUCAUGAGGGGGUGGAUACCAGCAUGCUGCGCAGGGCACUCUUUAACUACGUCCAUUGUAUGUAUGGUAUAAGAUACGACGACUACGAUUACGGAGAAGUAAAUCAGUUGUUGGAGCGUAGUCUGAAGGUUUACAUCAAGACAGUGACGUGUUACCCAGAAAGAACCACCCGCCGCAUGUACGAGAGCUACUGGCACCAGUUCAGACACUCAGAGAAGGUUCAUGUGAAUUUGCUUCUAAUGGAGGCUCGCAUGCAGGCGGAAUUGCUCUAUGCUUUGAGAGCUAUCACCCAUUAUAUGACCUGACCAAUCAGACUUCAUCAACUUUGUUAACCUGACCAAUCAGAUCUCACCCAUUUUAUGACUGGACCAGUUGGACUGCUGCCAUUGUGAUGCCUAUAUUUAACCAAUUCGAUUUUUUUCUCUAAUCAAUCAGCCCAUAUCUGCCAUUUGACGUGACCAAUCAGACAAUCAGACCUGUCAAUAUAUUAUAUACAGUAAUUAUAUAAUUAUAUAACAACCAGGUUACGGCAAGUAUGAGAACAUGUCAACAGCAGUUGGUUUUGUUAUAUAGUUUCAUUCAAGUUGUUGCCUAGCUUUUACACUUUUGUCACUUCAAAGAUUAUCUGUAGUAUUUCUUGGAUCUUCUUGAGAAGAUCAAUUGACAAACCAUUCUGGUAAAAUCCCAAAUGUCAAAGUAAGGAUCCAGGGAUAUAUAUAAAUAUUGAAUUGGAACACAUCUUAAGAUAUAAGGCAAGGAUACAUUUAAAUAAAAAAUUGUGGGUGGGAAGCCAAUCCAUAAUUUAUGUUGGAUUGAAAUAUAUUGUGGGACGGUCCUUUAUGGUCAGACAAAUUCUUCCUUGACUGAUUAAAACAACCCAAAUCCUCUGACUUGACCUAUAAUCUGACCUGAUCAACUGGACGAUCAUUUAUGACAUCAGCUCACCAUCAUACACCAUCAUGACUGGACAAAUUACAUUUUAACGUGCAAUAUUUUCUAAUUGAAAUCUCACAUAUAUUGUAAGAUAUAAUAAUGGAGGACAGAGUACAUAACCUUUAACAGAAAGUAGUAUUUUUUUCUUUUUUGCACAUUUAAGAAGAACUAUUUUGGAACACAAUACUAUUUUCCUUUUGUAAAAGCACUAUAAAUGACAACAACAGAAUGUGAGACUCCUGUACGGAGAGAGUUUUUUUCUUUUGCCUUUUUAAAAUCUUUAAAGUACCUUUGUUCGUAUUUGAAUGUAUUAUUUAGAGUUCUUAUCAAUACCAUACAUUUUUUUGUAUUUUUCAGAUCAGUUUGUUUUGGUUUAGUUGUUUACCUGAAAACUAACGCUUUUGUAGCAUUGAUACUGUACUAUCAGUCCUUUACUAUUAUCUUUCAUUCUCGGUGUUAUAAUUUAGAUAGCAACAUUUGUUUUUAGUUUAUAUGUUGCUGUCACUAAACCCUGACAUUUUCAGUCUCUGAAUAUAUCUAUACUAAUUACAUUUUGUGACUUUAUUUCUGUGUGCGAAUGUAUGUGUGUGAGAUUCAACAUGUAGCGUGUCUUAUCCCGAACGUUUGUAUGUGCAGGACAAAGUGUUUGCACAUCUGUUGAGCAUCUCUUUGAGUUUGACAAAACUGUGCACACUAGCACAAGAGAGAUUUUACGUGUGUGUUAUAUGUCUGACUGUAGGGAGAGUGGGAAAACUAACUUUUUUGAUACUAUUGAUGUAAUUAGUACUGUCCAUCAAAACAUUUAUCAAAGAUUUAUUUAUAUUGCUUUAUGAAUCAUUAUUACAUAUUUGCACAUCUCUACUCAAGGUGCAACAUCAGCAUCCUUUAAAACAAUAUAUUAAGAUUGUGUCUGAAAAUACAGUAUAUAGUGAAAAGAUAAGCUUUAUAGAAGAAGACAAAGUGUUGCCUGGUCCAAUCUUUUGGGCAGUGCCUUAUUAAGGUUUAGAAACCCAGAUUGGUUAUGUGAACCAAUCGGAAUGCCUGUAUCACUGGAGUAGGUAAAAUUGUCAUUGAAGUGCCUUUCAAAUUUAGCUGCAAGCGUUUCAAAUUAUAUGUAGCAAAUUGAUUAUCUCUCCCCAUGGAAAAAAUUGGUAAAUGUUUAUAUCUGUUGUAUUUUCUUCUUGUGAUAGUAAUUCUGAUCACAGUGGUUCUAUGAAGCUUUCAUAUUCUCCACUCAUAAAUUUUCAUAUUUUUAAUAUGUCUACACUAGCACACAUUUAUUCUGUCAGCACUGGAAUCCAGCGGCCCUAAAACAGAACUGUGCGUUUCAAUAAAAUUUCUAAACAUA